GGGGAAAGGGGUGUGCCGGGAAAGGGCGCGACGGUGGCCUGCCGCUUUAGAGGAUCGGAGGCUCUGCAGGGCUUGUCAAGCAGAGCGCUGCCGUCGGGCAGGCCGGCCAUACCCGCCGACCCAAACGCCGCCAGCUGCGCUCUCCUCCCCUCCCCCGCCUUGCCUUGCAUUUCCAACCCCCACCCUCCCACCCCUGUCGCCCGUUCGCUAAACCCCGGCAAGCAGCGCCUGGUCGCGCUGGAUUGAGCGGCUGUGAGGAGCACGACGGCGAGGCGAAGGGAUGCAGCUGGCGCGGGCUUAGGAGCAGCAGCCGGUGCGGGAGCCUCCAGACGGUGCCCGGGCAGGCAGGCAGGCGCGCGCUCGCUCGCUCUUUCAGUGUAAGGUUCUGGCUCAACCAUGGGAAAGCAGAACAGCAAGCUGCGACCGGAGAUGCUCCAAGACCUCCGGGAGAACACGGAAUUCUCUGACCUGGAGCUUCAAGAGUGGUACAAGGGCUUCCUCAAGGACUGUCCCACCGGCAUACUCAACGUAGAGGAGUUCAAGAAGAUCUACGCCAACUUCUUCCCAUACGGCGACGCCUCCAAGUUCGCCGAGCACGUCUUCCGCACCUUUGACACCAAUGGCGAUGGCACCAUCGACUUUCGAGAGUUCAUUAUUGCUCUCAGCGUCACUUCACGGGGAAAGCUGGAGCAGAAGCUGAUGUGGGCCUUCAGCAUGUACGACCUGGACGGGAACGGCUACAUCAGCAGGGAAGAGAUGCUGGAAAUUGUGCAAGCUAUCUACAAAAUGGUCUCUUCAGUGAUGAAGAUGCCAGAGGAUGAGUCAACUCCCGAGAAGCGGACAGAAAAAAUCUUCCGGCAGAUGGAUACCAAUAACGACGGCAAACUUUCUUUGGAAGAGUUCAUCAAAGGUGCUAAGAGCGACCCGUCCAUUGUGAGGCUGCUGCAGUGCGACCCCAGCAGCGCCUCGCAGUUCUGAGCACCUCUUUGUCCACGCAGAAAACGGUGAGGCCGUCUCCCACAACAGCAGCACUGCCUCACGGGGCUCACGGCCUCCCUGCUCCGAGGAGACGGCCAUCUUUCCAUCCUCCCCAAGGGGAAAUGGACACACUCCCCGUCCAACAGCACUGCCAGUAUAUUUCUUCUGACUGCCACAGUUUUCUGCUCCCCCCCCCCUCCCCAGCACUGUAGUUUUGUGUGAAUGCUGCACCAUUUCAGGUUAUUAGUGGCACCAGUGGGGAAAGUGGAGCAGGAGGACUGGUCCUUUUUCUUGAGUUGGCACCGUUUGCUUUCCCAAAACACUCCUUUGUUCCGCAGCUGCUUCCUUGUUUGUAGCACAUGAUAAUUACGGCUGCCUGUGAUCUAUGUGUCUUUGACCACCAGGGCAGAAUUUAACAUCCAGUGUUCAGCGAGUGAAUGCUGCCUUGGAAAGGGGGGGAAGAAAAAAGCAGGGCCCCAAGUGCUCUGUUGUGCCCAGCUCUGGAUUGCUCCCCCGUGACUAGAGGACUUGACCGUGCAAUCCUAUGCAGAGUUACUCCAAUCUCAGCCUCUCGGUUUCAGUGGGCUUCCAGUGGAGUCAUCUGGCAUAGUACAUUAUGUUAAAACAAGCACAAAUAUACACAAUGCUAUAGUUUAGGCAGGGGGCUUUUUGUUUGUUCGUUCAGUGUAGAGUUAAUAUAUUUGGCGUUAGUGGGGUUUCACUGCAGAUAAUCCUGUGAGGGACCGGGCUAAAAAAUUGGCUAGCUGAUAGUUAUGGUCAAAGUAAAAUGGAACUCAACGGGGCUAGCAGACCGACCAGGUUUCCUGGGCUGAAAUCGUCCUUCUGUUUCUGGGGCAGGACAUAAUCCAAAGGGAAGGCUUGGCUCCAGCCGCACCCAAAGGAAGGGCUCAAACAUUUGGCACAAGUCACCCGUCACUCAGACGGCGCCACAGAGGCACCCAGCACCAUUUUUCCCUACUCACUCAAGGCCAGGGCAGAAAGGUCUUCCCCAGGACCCCUUUUCCUGCUAGACAAAUAUUUAUCAGGUCACCACACUUCCUCUUCUUGCCAGCCAAGGAUGAUCUUCACACUACCCAUGGGGAGACGCUCCCUGUCCCUGCUGGGCUAGAAAGGGUUUGGCAGGAAGCAUCACGCCGCAUUCAGAGGAUCCAAAGCACUUUGCGCACAGAACCUCUCAGUGGUCCAUAACACCCACCCUGAAAGACAGGCUACUACCCUAAACUGUUAAAACAGAGAGGGAGCUGAGAGGUGACCCAGUCUGGUGAGGCUACCCAGGGCCAGUUCCAGGUUUUGUGGGCUGCACAGCAGAGAGCUCCCAGCAUCCUCUGCCCACCGCCAGGCCCCUUGUUCAUGCCCUUCUUUCGUCUCACCCUCCUGCAUGUCUCCCCCUUGCUUGUGUGUUCGUCCCUUGUCUGCUCACCAGAUCUCCCACUGCCCACACUCACAGCUGCCUGCUGCCCUUUCCCCAGUGGCACCUGGCAGGGCUUGUGGCAAGGAGCAUAGAGUGGUGGAGCACUGGCAAAUGAGUGUGCAGGGGACAACAGCCACAGUGGGUCCUGGCAGCCCUCCCACCUCAGGGUAUGCUGACACAAACCCUGAGGCCACCAAAUAGGUUCAGGGCUCAGGAGGGAUUUGAUCCAGAGGCUUUCUAGCUUGAUCCACGAACUGGCCCAUCAGCCUCCCUGGAAAGUUCCUGGAGGGUGGGAGGAAGCAGCCCAGUGUGCUGGCACCACAGCAGGAGCCAUGUGCCGAGGCUUGGCCAGUGACAACAACAACAACAGGAACUGGUUCACCCCUGACUUCGGUCACAACCACUGGCUGAGGCUCCCUUCAGGGCUGCUCAACUUAGCUUGGGCUAUGGGAACUUCCUAGCCUGUCCUGCAGACUCAUAGCAAAACCUCCCUCCCACACGUCACAGACAGGCACAACAGGGCACCUUUAGGCUGUGGUGUUGACUGGAACCAAGCGCCCUUACCCCUCCUCCAGCUGGCCCUAGUUCCUUCGCCUCCCUUGUGAGAGCACCAAAUAGUAGCCCGCGGGAGCCUUCCCUCCCAUUGCAGUUGGCAGAACAACCCCAGAGCACUUGUGUAUGCUGUGCAAUUCAAUAAACACCAAGCCUGCCCUUAGGCAGGGAUUCAUCUGCAAUGGUUACCUUGAAAGCCACGUGUUUCAAUCUGCUAAGUCUGCUGUUGCGAUUGGGGCUUUUAGUGUAGCUUUCAGCACAGCAGGGGGUGGCGUGGCAGGCUUCUGACAUUUUCCUGAGAUAUAAACCAGACUGCUGAGCCAGUGUUUGUCGACAGGGAUUGCUGUGGAUUCCAAGGAGGCUGGGCAGAACUGACAGCACUCUGAAGCAGAGGCCCUCCAUAGAAAGCAGACACUGCAGGGCAGGCUGGCUGUCACCCAGAUCUGUCCCAUAUAUGACCGUGCAGAGGCAGGCCUGGUAUUAGCAGGAGGACACCUUGAACACACGAAGCUUCUUUAUGGUAAAUCAGACCGUCAGUCCAUCUGGGUCAGUAUUGUCUGUGCUGGGAGUCGCUCUCCAAGGUCUCAGGCAGAGGCCUCCCACCUGAUCUUCUAAACUGGAGAUAGCUGGAAUGGAACCUGGGACUUCCUGCUUUCAUAGGAGGGGCUCUACCAUUGUGCCAUUGAAUCAUGGUCCUGCUCCAACUUUGUACCGUAUGGCAGUACUCAGGCUGCUUAAAGCUUCCAUUGGCAACGUGGGGUGGGUGCUUUGGCCUAGCUCUGGAGCUGGGGUUGGAGUACUAACUACCCAGGCUCAUGGUGGGAGGAGCAAGCAGAAAGUAGAAACCUUGGGUGAUGAAGAACAUAUAAACAUCACAGCAAAUUAGAUUGUUCUUUAUAGAUGCCGGUUUCUCGAAGGGUCCUGCUCAGGGACAACACCUAAGUGUGCAUGUGUCCUAUGCGUCUACAGGGAGUGAUUCCAGUACACAUCGCAUGAGUGUUAACCAUAGAGAACUACAAGGGGGGACUGUACACACAAUCACUUUGAGCAGGGGAGACCACCCAGCAGCAGCUCCACUGAAUAUGUGAUUAAUUUGCAGUGUUACUGGUGGUCCAUGCAAAUGAGUAUCCAAGAGCCAAAGGGGGGGGGGGGUCAGCAGCUUGGGGUCUUCAAACCUCACCUUGUACCCUGAAAGAUGUUGCUUCUCACCCACUCACCCAACUACAGAUUUUGAUCUGGCCAGCCCUCUACCACUUAGUCGAUCAGCUCAUUCAGUGCAAAUUGAUGAGUGUGCUUCCAGAGCCUCAAUACGGAUGCCCUUUUGAAAUACUGAAGGCAGCAUAGGGUUCUUUACUAUUUUACAAACAAGUAUCGCUUCUUAUCAGAAUGAUAAGUUGGAUGGAUUUGCUGUUUCCUUUUCCAUUCCCUCUUACAGAAACAAACUUCAACCCCUCCCCCAAAGCCACUCCAAUUAAAAUUGGCCCCUUGCAGUUGGUUGAUUCAGCUACUGCUUGAAGCUUGCAGAACUGCAGUGUGGGCCCCCUGCCCCACAGAUCUUUCACAAUCACCUGGUUGGAGCUUUUCUACCUCCAAAAAAGUCAACAGCAUCCUUGGCCCAGCUGUCUGGAGAAAGGCACUGCAGCUAUCGAUCCAGCCAUCUUGGGAGUGCGCAUCAGGGUGGGAAUUGUGGGGCUUGGUUCUUUUUCACGCCUUCAAAAUAAAGGGUUUUUCUGUUGUUGUC